UUCGCCUUCCCGCUCCCCGCUGGCGCGUCGGCCGCGGCCACGGCGGCGGCGGCGGUGGCGUCCGCUUCGGCGGCGGCGGCGGCCGCGGCGUCGGCCUUCGCCGGCUCCUCCGCCGACUCCUACAGCGGCGGCGACCUCUCCUCGCUCUCCGCGUCGCUCGUCUCCAGCGACGGGUACAACGACUUCACGGCGUCUUUGGCGCACAUGUUCCCGCCCGUGCUGGACCAGGACCUGAGCAGUGUGGGCAUCCUGCUGGAGGAGACGGGAGGCGGCGGCGUGGGCGUGGGCGUGGUCGGCGCUGGCGAGGCAGCGGGCGCGGGCGCGGGUGCUGGCGCAGGCACGGGCGAGGGCGAUGGAAGCCCGCAGCGCGGGCGCGCGGGCGGAGGACGCGAUGGGACGGACAGCGGAGAGGUGACUCCCGUGUCCGUCUCUGCCAGCUCCGAGUUCGCGUUCGGCGCUGACGGCCCUGCCCCCGCCUCCGCCCUCGCGCCCGCCGGCGCGGAGGAGGCGGCGUCGGCGGGGGUCCUGCUGCAACAGCAGAAGCGCCGGCGCGUCGACGGGGAGGCCGGCCCCGCUGCCACCGCCACCCUCGGCCCCGGCCCCGCGCUAGCGUCCGCCCCUGCCCCUAUGCGCCCGCCGCCGCCGCCCGCCGUCGCCGGCCCCGCCGCCAGUCUCAAGGGCCUCUCCAAGACGGUGGAGAGCAUGGCGUUAGCCGAGCGGCGUGGCCGCGUCGGCAGCUACCUUGGCACCAAGUUUGUCGGCAGGUGGGUAAUGGAAAGCAAUGAGAAUCUAGAAUCCUUUGCCAAUGAUGAGGGAGAAGAUUUCUUCCCAGUGCCUCCAGAGAAGGAGGUGGAACCGGUGGUGCCAAGUGUUGGACUGGGCCUUGUGGGUGGCUUGGAGCCAGAUGCAGCUGAUGAAGAGGAUCGCACCAUUACCUCUUCUAUGACAGCCACUUCACCCGCGCGCAAAAGCAUCUUCCAGGUUUUUGGAAGUCCUGUAUCACGACCAUUACCAUCCAGUGUGUUGAGUACAAGCGCUGGGAAAGAGUCAAAGCUAUCUACAUCCUUGACACCUUCUACAGAGAGCGACAUCACCCAGAUUGAAGUGGAGUUUGGCAAACCUCAGAGUGCCCUCUCCAUGAGCCUCAAGUCUCUCCCCAUUGAGGAGGGAUCCCUGGCGUCCCCUCCUGGCUCUGCCGUGUCUGUCUCUGUCGCUACUCCUUCGCACUCUCCGACUCCUGGUGGAACCAAGCGCCCCCCCACCAAGACCCCUGUCAUUUCUGCUUUCUCUAGGGAAUUCCGUGUAUACUCUUCUUCUAAAGCUGGCAGUCUGGUAUCAGAAGCCAGCUUGCCCUCUCCAUCGCCCACAAUGGAGCCUGUUCUUACCACACCAGAGGAAGGCAGCGUGUCUUGCCCAGCUUCAACCUCUGCUUCAGCACCAGACACCUCAUCCAGUUCAGAUGCCCUCAGCAGCGUUCGUGCUGCAGAUGCUGCAAGUCCUGCACAAAUUGCACAUGCCACUAUGCCUCUCUUAACGCUAGCCAGUAGUCUGACAGACAGACCCUGUGUACAGAGAGGCUUCAAAGUUGCAAAAGAGCCAGAAACAUGAGAUCAUUGUUGGGAAAAUAGUGUUAAGUGUUAUCUGACAUGGUGUGUCAAUAUUGUAUAGUUAGUAUAUUUAAAUAUAAGAAAUUUUAUUUUAAUCCUUGGAGGUGUGCCUACUAAUCAACUAUCUAGUUGUUAAGCUCAUAAAACUAUAUUUUGCUACACAGAAAGAGGUAAAUAGAGAAGGAAACAAAUUUUUCAAUGAACUGUUGAAAAAGGAUAUUGUAAACAAAAAUUUCAAUGGAUAAUGCAAAUUUGCUGUCUCAAAUGAUCACAGGCUUCUUAAAAGGAAAUUGGAUUAGUGUAGGAAAAUGAUUUUUCUCUGAUUUUAGAAAAUUAUUAUUCUAGGUAUUCAUUAUGCCCAGUUUUCUGUGUUCAAUAAUUGUUGCUAGUAAUAGUAUUAAGAUAAAUUUUAUCUAAUGCUAUAGUUUCUUUGCCAUAAUUUAUUACAGAAUCAUUAAUUCUGUCACAGUUACUUCUGACAUUGCAGAAGACUGUCUAAUAAUAUGUAACAAACAAAACUUUGUAAAUAAACAGAUAUGUUUCAUGUUAUAUCAUGGAUGAUACUUGAUUAUUAGACAUGACUUAAGUUAAUGAGUCUUUUGUUGACAAGCUUUAGGAUACAAAUAAGGCUUUGGGAUUUAAUAAAUUUUUAUUUCUUGUAAAGAGCUUCUUUUGGAAUCAGGACAACCAUAAAAAAAGUUUUUCUUUGAAAGAUUGUAUUUAAUAUCUAGUUCUUGAGUGUCUUAGAACCAGUUAAAGGAGGAUGUGUAGAAGUUGCUUAAUAACACAUUGCCAGUUGUUCAGUGCUAUACUUGAUAUGUUACUCCUAAUGGUUUUGUUUUAGAUUUUCUUUUAUGCUGUUAAUUAUUAAUAAAUUUUGUGAAACUUAAUUAUUAGCAUUCUUCACUUAUUGUGAAGUAAUGAAAGGGCAUUAUGGAAAAAUUAAAUCAUCUGAAAUUAGAGGAUUAUAAUGUACUUAAUCAAUAAUAAUUUUAAUAAUAAUGAUAAUAAUACUUGGAGCAAACAGCAAUUUAAGUACUUGUAAUUCAAAAUAUUGUAUUAUGUUGAAAAUUGUUAAGUUAUCAAUUAUGUUAAAAAACAUGGACAAUUUUACAUAAGUAAUCAUUUUUCCUAUAAAAAUGUAGUUACAUUCAAAAUGAUUUUAAGUUAUUAUAAAAGGACUUAUGAGCGGCACCUACCUUCAUUAUUAACAAUUUACUUAUUGGCUAAAACAAAUAAUAUAUUAGGAGAUUCUUGACAUGUUGAAAUUCUGGUUCUUGAGUAUAGGACAUAAGUAAGUAAAAAAAUCUGACAUUUCUAUGCCAUUGUUUCAGCCACUUUAUUUGGCCUUCAUGAAGGCUACAGUAAUAGUUUUAAAUUUUCUUUUUAAGAAAUGAAUAGGUACGUGAAAUAAAGGGAAAGAGGAUAAAAACCAUUACAAUAAUGUUGUUAUUAUGCUUUUUAAAUUUAUUCUUUGCAUCUAUUCAUUUUAUGUAAAUAUCCAAAGUUGUGAUUGUAACCUUGACGACAGCUGACUAUGUGCAGAAUUUUCAGAAAUGAAAAGUUCAUUUAUUUAUUAUGACCUACACUCAAGAAACAGAUAAACAUAGGAACAAAUACCAUAAUUUUAUAUACAUUAACUGGUAUUUUUUUAUAGUCAUUAUAGAAAAGUUAUGAUCAUGCAAUUUACAUUGAAGUCUGUUUUAGGUACAUAUGUUCACAUCAGUGUAAGUUCAUUGUAAACAGAAGAUGUUUCUCGCAAUAAAAAAUUUUACAUGUAUUUUUGAUCCUUUGUAAUUUUGUUGUGAAUACAUUUAGAAAAUGUCAUUUCAAUGUUCAUUUCUUUCAUUUAAUUAUUUAUUCCAUAGGCAUAUGCCCAAUAUUCAUAAGAUUAACAAUAUACAUAAUUUCAGAAUAUACACAAAGAUAAAAAUUACAAUAUCUGCAUUGUCAAAUACAAUUCCUAAGUUCAUGUAGUCUCAAACAAAAUUCAUUAAAAUUUUUUCUCCCUUGCUCCAAUCAAAGCAAAUGAACAUUUCAAAAUUGCAUAAUUGAAUAUUUGCUAUGACUAAGUGAGUUUUAAAAAUUUUAAUUCUUCCUAGCUGUAUAUACAAAAACUGACAUUUUGUGGGGCAGAAUUGUCCAAUUCAUUUUGGUGAGAAAAAAUCCCAACAAUAUUGGUUAGAUCAUAAAAAAUUAUUAAUCAUCAUAAUAGUGUCAAGACAAGGAAGCUAAUGCUUAGGAUAGUCAUUAUUUGAUUGUAAUUAGUUUUGGCAAAGGUAAUACAGGUUUUCUUGGGGGACACCUAAAAUUGUCACUAUAUCUAUUGAUACAAAAGACUUUCCAACCAUUUCAAAAAAAUUACAUUUUGUCCUAUCUAAAGAAGAUACAUAAUAAUAAAUUAUGAUUAAUUGGGUCAAAUGCUUUUGGAAAUUCAAUAUUAACUGCAUUCAUCUGAGUAUUGGCUUCUAAUUUGCUUGAAAUUUGCUGUUAAAAAAUGAAGUUGGCAGUAGUAGAUCCCUUAAUUGUGAUUUUUUUUUCAUUGAUUAUUAUAUUAAUUGGUAUUUCAGUUUAUCUGUAAAUAUGGACUCAAAUAAUUUUGCGGAAAUAUUCAAUUUAGAAAUUAGUUCUUAGUUUGUAAUAUGUGCUUGGUUAUCAGAUUCAUGAAUCAAUCUUAUUGAAACUUUUUUCUAUGCCAUUGAAAAUAUAUCUUCAUUUAAAGAUUUAGAAAAAAGAAAAUGCAGUAUAGGUAAUGUAUUAGAACUGACAUAUCAGGAAAAAGGGCACUAUUUCCUCAGAUUGUGGAUUAGUUGUUGCAUUUAGUUUACAUAUUGCUUCUGUUGUAUAUAUGUGAACUUCAAAAAAGUUUUGAUAAUAAUUAAUUGAAUUUACGGUUUUGUCAUUCUAAUUUACAUACUUUUCUGUUGAUUUUAUUGUACAUGGCUUUUGAAAUUCAGAAAAUUUCUAAGAACCAGUGUCAUUUGAAGUACAUUUAUGUGUCGUGGUUGGAACAGGUUUUUAAAAUAGUUUAAAAAGAUCUGAAGAGUGUCAUUAUGGAUAUGUGGCAACAGGUGUAAAAUAUGUAGUCUGUCAAACAAUUCAUGCACUUUUUUAUAAAAGUUUUCAAAGUAAGAUUCUCAAUUUGUCUACAUCAUCCUUUAAGCACCACAGUAGAUAUUUUCUAUACCAAAUAUUGACUAUUGUUUAUUAAUUUCAUCAUGUCAAUCACAUUGAAUUAGUUAUUCAUCUUAAUGUAGGCACCCAUGUGCAUUUAAGAAAAAUAUUAUUUUUACCUCAGGUUUUAGUAUGUUUUUCUAUUUUGAAAAGGGUGGGUUAUAUAUAAACAUUGUUGACUUCGUUGUAAUUUAUAAAAGGAACUGAAAUGUUCAUUACAUAAAGACACCUCAGCUACAAAUAAAUAUUUUAUAGUAAUUAGCUGCUAGAAAAAUUCAUAGAUUCUUUACUUCUCAUUGUACAUUAAUUUUGAAUUGCAGUUUAUUAUAAAUCAAAUAAUUUCAUUUUACAAAAAGGAAAAAAACAAACAAACAAUGAAACUAAUAUUUAAUAAAUGUGUGCUCAUCAAUGAGAGUGACCUUUUCUGUGUUUUACUGUGAACAAGCAAGUUGUCAAAAAAUAUCAUAUUUACUCAAACAUAAGCCGAAUCUUACUUUUCUAAGUGGGUAUUACUGGAUGUACUAGAUAUUACAGAACAUGAACCACCCUGAUCUAACUUUGUCAAUAGUUCAACUUUUUGAAAUGUGUGAAUUGAAACAAAGGACUUAUAUUUAGCAUUAGUAUUUUAUUUUUAGAUAGCUUUCCAACAAUUGAAAAAAAAUACCAUUUUUUCCUGUCUGAAGAAUUUUUGACAGUAGCUACAUUAACUGGGGCUAAUGACCAUAGCAGUGAACAUGCUUGGCAACAUUAAUCAAUCAAUCAAUCAAAUUAAAUUAUGUUCUUCAUGCUAUAAUCUACAAAAUGAGAUAUUUUGGGUUUGUUUAAUAAAUUUUUAGGGGUUCAGUGUUUCAAAGACACGCUGAAUCUUGAAUUACACUAGUACAUUUUCAUAAUGCAUGGAAAUAUGGUGAAAACUUAUUUUUUGAGGAUAAAAUAUUGCAGACAACUUUCCUUAGUUUGUGGUGACUUGUAUGCCACUGUAACCUGGAGUCCUAGAGUAAAAAAAAAAACACAAUAAAGUAAAAACUAAUCAUCUAAAAUUUGUGUCAGUGCAAUUGUAAUAUUGAACUGCAAUACUCAAUGUGCUUGAAUAUAUUUUUUAGACCUUUUGCAAGUGUGAUGUAGUUGAAAUUGCAAAUGUGUUAGAUCUAUACUAGUUUGCAGGUGAUUGGCAAACAUAAGAAGUAAUGUUAUGGCUACUAGUGAUGAUAAUUUAAUUAGAUACUGUCAUGAUCAUUUCUAUGAAUAACAUCUCAGUUACAUAACUUAUAGUAGCAAUUUACUUGUAUGAUCUCCUUCCAGUGCUUUACCAUUUCAAGAAACCAAAUUAUAUUAGUUAUUCAGUGAAGAGUAUUCAUCCGGUACAUUGUAGAUAUUAUCGUAAGUACUUGUCCUCAUCAAGAUGACAAAGAUGCUGUAUAUAAUACUGUGUUAAUAGGCUUGAUUUACAGCUCUGCCCCUUAUUAAAAAUUAUUUUCAUUCCUUUUUGGAUUGCCUUUUUCCUGUAAUUGGAAAUCCUUUACAUUUCUCUAUGCCAAAAUUGCAAAAUGCUUUCUGAUAGUAAUUUCAUAACUAAUCUUGAGGGGAGAGUGAUCAUGUGUCUGAUGAUGAUGAUGAUGUUGAUGAUAAAGAAAAGUAUUGAAUUUAACUUUCUUUGGUUUAGUUCCAUCCUCAUGGUGUGGUCUCAGUUAUAUUGCUCCAUUAUUUACCCAGUUUUUUUCUGAGGAAGGAAAUGUUUUACAUGUGAAAACUCAUUUUUAAUGUCCCAUUAAAUGGACAGUCAAGAUGCAAUUAUCAGGAACAUCGGUGAAUAUUUACAAAAUUAAGUUUUGUAUAAAUAAUUUACAUUUUUCAGUACCAAAACAAUACUGACAACCAAAUGGUUUGUGAACUAUGUUGCUAAAUUUAAUAAACCUGGAAAAGAGCCUAGUAAUUGUAAAGAAUUUUUUUCUAUUAAUUUUCCGUACCAGAAUUAUUGAAGCUGGAAGGAUUUUGACACUAUGGUUUUUGAAACUGCUACUUGCUAAUUUGUGGCAGCGUUUGCUGUAUUAAUUUAUUUGCAAAGUACAUAUGUAGUUCAAAGGCUAUAGUAAAUAUACAUAUGUGUAAAUAAAAAUGGAGAAUGUAUUAUUAAAUGAUUUGAAUGUAUUAACCAUACCCGCCAUAAUGUAAUAACACAUUUCACAUGCUAUAAAGUUGUACAUGUUUUUGAAAACAUCACAUGAAAGUUGAGUUGCUGUGUUUCUUUUCAAUUUUGUAGCACAAGCGUAUGAUAUUGUGAUAGUAACAUAUAUAUUUUUGCUAGCACAUUGUAGAUAUCAUUAGCAUAUUUGUACAUACAUAUGUAUUAAUUGUGAUAAAAUGAGCAAUUGUUGAACUUACCAUUUGGAAACAUUGUAACUAAGUGAAAUGUGAACAUAUUUAAUUAAUUUUGCCUCUUUGGAACCGACAAUAAGUAGGAAGUAAUUAAAAAUAUUGUCUCAAAUUUGAAGUACAUAAUAGUUUGAAUAUAAAUAUAAUAUUAACAUUCAGUUAAGUGGUUAUGGUUUGCCUGAACAUUAUAAUUGUUAAAAAAAAAAUCUGUGCAUAUACUUGAAACAUGUGCAUAUUUUCUUUAUUUAAAAAUGCCCCUGUUUCCUUUUUAGUAUACCAAAAAUGUAUGAACUAACUUUCUGAUGUUUUGGAUGAACUCCAAAAAAUAAAUGUUAUAUGUAAUUGUUAGUGGGAUUCAGAAACAUAUCAGAAUAAUAAAUGAAUUAAUUUAUUUGUGGAUUUUCUGCUGUUUGAAAAUGAUAGGUUCAAAGAAUCUCCUGUAUUUGGCUGUCGAUUGGUUAUGUCAACAUUUCAGUCUAUAUUUUGGCUUUCUUUGAAAGGUUGAAAUGCACACAUACACACUAAAAAAAAUAAUUCAAUCAACAAUUUUGCACUUGUAAGUUCUAUAAACUUAUGUUGUUUGGUCUUUCUGUAACUUUUAGACUUGAAAAUACAGAACCAAUUGAACAAUCAUUAUUAACACAACUAAAUAUGUGAGAUACUUUUAACCACUUAAUUUAUUACCAAUUACUAAUUGUUCAAAUCCACAUAAUAUUUCAUAUUGUGUUUAGAAUAAAAACUAAGCAAAUUAAAAAUUUAAAAUAUCUAUUAUUUUU